AUGCAACUUUCAGUCCUUGCUCGCCACAUCCACGAUGAAGAUCACGUCGAAGUCGAUGCGACGCCGAUUCCAGAAGCUUUGGCCAAGCAUGGGACUUUUGACCUGGAUGAGAAGCUCGUGAAGCAGAUGGGCGCCAUUUUUGUCACGAAGUGCUCCUUGACGCUUCAGAGUGACAUGCUGGGCACUCCCGAGAUCUUGUGGGAGCAUGACCGCUUCGAUGCGCAUCUUGGUUUGAACUUCGCCCCGGCCCCGCAGUACGACUCCUGCCGCAAGUACUUGGAAGUCGGAAAGCGUGUUGGCAUCCUCGAUCAGCGCCUGGCCGUUCUCAACGACCUGUACAGCAGCAGAGUUGCACUGGAGAUCCUUCUGGAUCUAUUUCACAUGUCACCCUUCUACUCGCGGCGCAACUUCGUCAUCUGCGGCUUCGAUGCGUUGAAGCACAACUUCGCAGCCAUAGAAGAUCAGCAGUGGCUCGGAGGCGUUGGCAAAGGCUUCCGUUUGGGAUGGACGGCCGUUGAGUUCAAUCAAGAGCCGAAGCUACACAGGAAGCCGAUGCGUGAGACGCUAGCCUCGGCACAGAAGCGGAUCGAUGAGACCAAGAAGCACGAUUCUGCACCGAAACAUCGAGUCCCCGAGGGAAGACAGGUGAGGAGGAAGGAGGCGGCGCUCGCUCUCUGGGCAGCAGCCGGCUACGGGCUCUGGCACCUGAUCACCCUGCUGCGACCGAAAGAGGCUGCAGUCUUGAGCGGGAAAGCGGCUGAGCUGAAAUUGAUGGCUUGUCUCCUCGUGGCUGUGGCCCUGGCCCUCGCUUUGCUCAACGGCCUCCGGGCCUUCGCGUUCCACAUGGUCUUCGCUAGCCUUGAUGACGUGCUAAACUUUCUCCUGCGGUCGAGCAGCGUCACCUUCCUAGGCUCGGUGGCGUUGGUGCGGGCCUCUCCUCGCCUCGCUCUGCUGGCGGCUUCGGUGCUGCUCUGCCUGGCUGUCUCCACGCGCAGGUACUCUGAGGUGCGCCGGCAAACGACGGCAGAAACGCAGGACGCCGUUGCAGAGCUCAGCCGCGUGGCGGACGAGGGCCUUGCCGGCCUUGCAACGGUACGCGCCCUGGGCGCCGAGGACACUCAUCGGCGCCUCUUCUCAGAGCAGAACGACAGGAUCCUGUCCAUCCAGCAGCGAAACAGCUAUGCCUCUGGCCUGUUUGGCCUGGCGAGCGUUUCGCUCAGCGGCAUCUCCAGAGCGAUGACUCUUGUUGUGGGUGGCUCUCUGGUGCUCUCCCCGCGUGAUCGGCUGAAUGGGGAGAUCCUGACGCAGUUCCUGCUCUACCUCGACAUGGUCGUGCGAGGUGCACAGGACCUGGGCGAGGACUGGUCGACUGCUAUGGAAGCCCUGGGAGCAUCAGAGGCGGUGCUUCGCAGCCUCAGCGCGAGUCGAAGGCGAACGCAGCAUGGGAGGAAGCUCGAGUCUGUGUCUGGCGAGGUGCGCUUCGAGCAGGUGACCUUUGCCUAUCCUGGAAGGCCGGAGAGGCAAGUCCUCAAGGAGGUGUCAAUCCACUGCCGCGCAGGCGAAACGACCGCCUUGGUCGGGACGAGCGGUUCGGGGAAGAGCUCUCUCAUCAACCUCAUCCAGGGCUUCUACCACGUUCAGAGCGGCCAGGUGCUGGUGGACGGAGUGUCCUUGGAGGACCUGGAUGACGAGUGGCUGCGUGCUCAGCUGGGCAUUGUCGGGCAGGAGCCCCGCUUUUUCCGGGGCUCAGUGGCCGAGAACCUCGCUUGGGGAUUGGGCGCAGUUUCGAGGGACGAGCUGACGGAGGUUGCCCGGACAGCGCAUUGCCACGACUUCAUCAGCAGCCUACCUCAGGGCUACGAUACGGAGAUCGCUGAUGGUAAGCUGCUGUCAGGAGGUCAGCGCCAGCGCCUGGCUAUCGCCCGAGCGCUGCUACGCGAUCCACCCGUCUUGAUACUUGAUGAGCCGACCUCUGCGCUUGAUCCGUCGACAAGCAGGCAGGUCUCCAUGGCGCUCCGCGAGGCGCAGUGGUCGAAACGUCUGGGAAGGCGGAGGACGGUAAUAGUCAUCGCCCAUCGUCUCUCCACGGUCAAGGAUGCCGAACAGAUCGUGGUGCUCGAGAACGGCGUGGUCGCUGAAAAGGGCACGCACGAGGAGCUCAUGGCGCGUCCCGAUGGUGUGCUGUGGCGCAUGGUGAAUGAGCAGCAGCUGCCAUCUGCAUGA